GAAUCACUUGGUGGUGAUCCGGUUUGAGCCCCCGGAUGUGAACACCUACCAUGGGAUGGGCAUGUUGGGCACGGCCUGUGAACACUCUCAGCCCUGGUCGCUGCCUGGCCUCUGCCCCGGUCCCAUCAGCCUCCUUCAGCCCUGUCGCCCUAGCCCAUCUGACACAAGUCAGGCCUCAGCCCUGCUCCCUGACCCCAACUCCCUGCAGAAGACUGGCUCUGGGGCCUUCUCCAAAGUCUACCUGGCCUGUGCCACACGUGAGCGCAUGCAGCACAACACCAAGCUGGCUUCCGACCUGCGGGGCAAGCACCAUGCCAUGGGGCUGUGGUCUACACACAACGGCCGCCCCCCACCCCUGCGGGUGGCGGUCAAGAUCAUCUCCGCUGCCGAGGCCCCUGUGGAGUUCUCCCAAAAGUUCCUGCCUCGUGAAACAUCAUCACUCAAUGCUACCUAUAGGCACCCGGAUGUGGUGCAGCUGUACGAGACCUACCAGAACAGCCAGCGCUCCUCCUUGGUGCUGGAGCUGGCGGCCCGCGGCGACCUGUUGGAACACAUCAACUGGGUGUCGGAACGCCGCCGCUGCGGCCGGGGGCCGGAUGAGGAGGAGGCCCACAGACUGUUCUGGUAGCUCGUCGGCGCCGUGGCCCACCGCCGCAGCUCCGGCAUUGUGCAUCGGGAUCUAAAGUGGGAGAAUAACCUCCUAGAUGACCGAGGCCUCCUAAAGCUGACCGACUUUGGCUUCGCCAGCCAUUGGGGCCUCAAGAGCUUGCUGCCGAGCACCUUCUGUGGCUCCGUGGCCUAUACAGCCCCCGAGAUCCUCAUGAGCAAGUACAAUGGGGAGCAGGCUGACCUGUGGAGCCUGGGCAUCAUCCUUUAUGCCAUGGUGACCGGGAAGCCGCCCUUCAAGGAGCACCAGACCCACCGCAUGCUGCACCUGAUGCACCACGGCCCCACCUUCAGGCCGGGCGUGUCCCCAGAGUGCCGGGACCUGAUCCGGGGCCUGCUGCAGCUUCGCCCGUGCGCGCGCCUGGGCCUGCAGCAGGUGGCCGCGCACUGCUGGAUGCUGCCCGCCACGCACGCGCUCUCUGGCACCACGCUCAGGAUGCCGCCAGAGAAGCCAGCCAAGCUUGAGCACUCGGAGCCCGGCAGAGACCCGGAGCCUCCGAGGCGGCGCCCCCCGGCGCUGCUUCUGGGCCUCCGCCUGGGCCGCAGAGGCCGACCCAAGAAGAGAGACCUCUCGGCAGGGAACAACCUCUGA